AUGUCCGCGGCCUCGAGCAGCACCCUGCCGUCAAUCGCCGAUUCGACCCUGCACACCAUUUACAACUCCCGAUCGUCGCUGUCCACACCGGAUUCCAGCGCCGUGGCCAGCGAGGAAGACGACGACCCCAUGGAAGAGGCCCGCAUCGCACGACCCAAAAUUGGCAGCCGAAAGAGCAGCGGCACCAUGAUUGUGUCGCGCGAAUCCGCCACCACUGUCGUCGACACCGAUCUGGACGAGAAUGACGUGCGGACCAUGUCGCCGCGACGAAAUAGCGCCGAAGUCGAGAUGUUGGGCGAGGAGGCACGAAAGGAUUUGAUCGAGCAGGCCAAGGUGCUGCAGACCAGUCUGCAAGCGAUUGUGGACCGCGUGGAGGCCGUGAAGAGCGAACAUGAGAAGCUCGAGGGGGGAAACAAGUUCCUACAAUCAUAUAUUGGCGAGUUGAUGCAGACCUCCAAGAUCACAUCGACAGCGCCGUCAAAACAAAAGGGAAAGGGUCGGAGUGGGAAAUGA